CUCACUCAUUAACAAUGGCCCCCAACCCACAAUGCGCUGCCCUCGCCGCCGCCAAGGCACGAACUGGCCUCUCUUACGCGGAUAUCGCAGCCAAGAUCGGCAGCACCGAGCAGCGAGUCACUGAGAUUUGCACUGGUACCACUCGUCCAUCGGCAGAGGAGUUCCAGAAGCUUGCCACUGCUUUGGAUAUCAAGGAUCCUAUCCCCUCCGACUCUGCUCACACCGCCUAAUCAACUGCAACAUACUGUAUUGAAACACAAUCGCAAUGUACAUUAUCUCAUUACUUCAACAAUCUACUUCAUGACCAGGA